AGAAACAGCUGAUUUUGUUAUCUUGGCCGCACUUUGAUCAGCCUUUGAAUAAAAUAUGUUAAAGUAAUAACCCCAUCAACAUGGAUUUUCGAAAUGCCCGUGCCCGGCAGCCGGAGAUCGUUCGAUCCGUUCAGAAAGAUGCACGGUACACCAACGAGCUGGCCGAGGAUUUCUCUGACGUUCUGCGGCUCACCGGUCCAAGGAACUGGAUAAAGUACAACCAGAUGUGCAGGCUGCUGGCGGAACUCAGCUACCACGGAUUUGCAUCGGCCAACAGCCUCCAGACACUCGGCGAGGAGUAUACGGGGAUCAUACAAGUUGAUGGCAACUACAAGCAGAUUCCGAGUAGAUUGCUGCAACUCAUAUCUAUUGUCCUAGAGUUUGGUGGCGACUCCUUGUUCCAGCACCUGCUGCAAAAAUUGGAUAUCUACGUGGAAAACCACGAGGAAAUCCGCCCCGAGGCCAAACCGCAGCUUAAAAAGGUUAUCCAACGGUUAAGGCAUUCGCCCAGCUAUGUAAAAGCCCUGCACAAGUCGCUCUUCUAUUUGGAAGCCAGCAAGUAUCAGCUGUCCAAGCGCACCACACGCAUUAACUACGUGCUCAUCCGCCAUUGGCUACAGCCGGAAUUCUCGCUGUACGGCUACAAGAUUCUGGGAGUGAUCACAUUUCUCCAGGUCAGCGUUUCGUUAGCUAUUAGUGGCUGGGACGCCUGGCGAGAGCACAAGCGCCGACAGUUGGAAGAGAUCAAGCAGGUCGGAAAAAAAUUCCUGCAACGAGGAUCGAGUGUAAAGGGCGAAGAUCCGGAUGCUCCACAAUGCAUCCUUUGUCUGGAGCCACGUUUCAAUAGCAGUCUGACUCCUUGCGGGCACAUCUUCUGCUGGAGCUGCCUACUCGAGUGGCUGGAGGAGCGAGAUGAGUGCCCCUUAUGCCGGGAGUCACUAAAAAAGUCACAAGUGAUACCACUUCAAAACUAUGCCUAAGAUUGGAUUAAGACUUGCCACUGAUUUUUAUAUCCUUUUUAUAUCUAUUAUGGAGAGUAUUUUAUAAAGUAAAUAUAUAUAACUAAAAAAUAA